UAUGUAAUGACAUAAAGUCUUAAAAAAAUUAGUGUUUUUUUGUUUGUUACGUUUAUACGUUAAUAAAUAAAUUAUAUACUUGUAUGUUAUAAAAGUUACUACUUCCUUUUAUUACAAGUUUAAAACAAUCGUCUCAGAAUAGUUUCAAUAUGGAGCAUAAGGGCGAAGGAGAUGGUAGUGGACCGAGUGAUUACAGUUUCUGUACACCGCCUUAUCAACAGACUCCGGAACUUGUCCAGUUAAGCGGAAAGAGAAAGUCCAACCAGCUUCGUAAGUCAGCAAAGAGGCUAAAGUCUUCCUACCCAAAGCUAGAUACGAAUUUCAUCAAGGUAGCCAGUUCUGCCAACAAGAAGCCGUUCCCAGACGUAGGUACAAUGGAUGAAAAAAAGUUUUCAUUUUGUAGCAAUACGGUGAGGAAAAUUGACAGUCUCGAUUCGUCUGACAAAAUUGUUGAAUCAGCUGUUAAAAAUAAUAACUAUUCAGAAGUCUCUUACUUUGAUUUCCAUAAAGUUGAUUUAUUAAAUUCCAAUAAGGCGAAAAGUAGAAAUCGAAAAACCCUUUUUCCUUGCACCUCAUAUGACGUUGACAAAACUGAAAAUUCAACAUCUGUGAGAACCUGCAACCCACUUUAUUACAAGUCAAACGUAAAAAGUGUUGCGACUAGAACACUUGAAAGUAAAAAGCAUUUAGAUAAAAAUGACCAUAUAAGAAAACCAAGUUUGGAUUUUACUUUAAGUUCAGACAAUUUAAAAGCCACAAAAUGUAAAAACAAGUUAAAAACAACAAAUGAGGGAAGUCGACAGAUGGAACUAGAACAGUCCGUAUUGGAGGCUACACCCCCGAGCGUUAAAUCCAGGAAGAUAAGAUCAAUGAAAAAACACAUUUUUCAAGAAUUAAAAACAGACCAGUUAAACGACAAAGUCCCAAGAGAUGAGCAUAUGUUAAAAAACAAUUUGACCAAAUGGGAAACCACACCGACAAAAAUAUGUUCAAGUUCUUCAACUUUAGAUUGUACUGUCUCUCAUAGGACAAAAUAUUGUGCAAAAACAAGGCACAUAUCAAAGAAACGACUGGCGAUAAUUGCAGAAGAUGACGCUGUGAUACCACCUACGCCUCCAAAACAAAAAAAGUCAAAAGACUUAAAGAACAUCUGUGCUCAGUGGAAAGACGUUUCACUAUUCCAAGGAAGACAAAACGCUGAACAAGAAAUAAGAACAAGAAGGAAGAAAAAAGUUGAUAAAAAUUCAAUUUUAUUAAAUAAUAAAUCAAACAUUUGCAAGGGGGAUUCACCAGUCAUAAAAAAUGUAGAAGAAUAUAAUGACAAUAUUCAAACUUCACAAUCUGUUACUUUUGAGAGCCGUCUCAUAGAGGAUGUCAGUUCGUCGGAGAGUGAAAUUGGUGGACAGUAUGUGAUUGAAACAGAAGAAACACCUGAAAAACCAAACUUGCACUUGGAAAAAUUCCAGAUAGAAAAUUCACAAGAGUCUCUCUCUGCCUGCUCCUUUAAGCACAAACAUAAUACAAUUGAAGAUUUCAGUUCACCAGAAAGUGAAAAUAAAUAUUUAUAUAAUAUUGAAGUGGAACGUACACCAGAAAGGCCUGUUUUUAAUACGAAAGACUUUCAAAUAGAAAACUCGCCAAAGGUUGAAGUACUGCUAAAUCAAAAGAAAAAUAAUCCUUACAUAGAUCACAAAAUUGAGGAUUUAAGUUCACAGGAAAGUGAAAAUAAAUAUCUAUAUACUAUUGAAACAGAGAAUACUCCUGAAAAACCUGUUUUUAAUAUGAAAAACUAUCAGAUAGAAAGUUCCCAAAACCUUGAAGAAGUACUGCUUCAUCCAGAGGAACUUAACGGUUUCAAUCAUCAGAAGAUUGAAGAUUUAAGUUCGCCAGAAAGUGAAAAUACAUAUUUAUAUAAUAUUGAAAUGGCACAUACUCCUGAAAGGCCAGUUUUUGGUAUGAAAGACUUUCAAAUAGAAAGUUCACCAAAAGUUGAAGUACUGCUAACUUCAAAUAAAAUUAAUUCUCAUAAAGAUCAGAAAAUUGAAGAGUUAAGUUCACAGGAAAGUGAAAAUAAUUAUUCCUAUAAUAUCGAAUCAGAAGAAACACCUGAAAGGCCAGUUUAUAUUGGGAAAAACUUUCUGAUAGAAAGUUCCCCAAAACAAGUAAUGUUAAAUCUAAAGAAAAUCAAUUCUUCCACAUAUCACAAAAUUGAAGAUUUAAGUUCACCAGAAAGUGUAAUGAACAAUCUUUAUACAAUAGAAACAGAAGAAACGCCUGAAAGGUCUUCUUUUAAUUUGAACUACCCAAAGAUUGAAAAUUCGCCUUAUCCCAGAGAAAAAAUUUUGAAUAAAAAUAAACUUGAGAUUUCUUAUACGUUUGAAGAUGAUGAUCAAAUGAUAGAUGAUCCCAGCUCGCCAGGAAGCAAAACCGAACAGCGUUACGUAAUUGAAACAGAAGAAUCGCCCACAAAGAGUAUUAACAUGAAAGACUUUGAAAUAGAAGAUUCACAGACACCCGAUGAAGCUUUACUUUCUGGAUCUUUCAUGCCUGCAUCUCAAGUCAUCGACAUGCUCCCUGAUUAUUUUAUGAAAAAUAUGAAGAUCGAGUCUUCACAUUCUUUAAGUCAAUUUAAACAUCCAAAAGAAAAGGAAGAAAGAAAAAUUCAACAUAAAUCUGAUCCUGUUGUAAUAAGUUCAAGUCAGAGAUCUGUAAUAAACCCGAAAAGAAAUCUUUUUGCAAAAGAAAAAAGUGAUUUAAAUAUCAUACAGACUGAAGAUGAAGCCAUCCCUAAAAAACUUCAGCCUCCUGAGGUUGGAUCAUCACACGAUAAAAUAGACAAUGAAAACCAUAUUGUCGAAAAUAAGUACACUCCAAACUUUAAGAAAAAGCCCAAAUCAGGUCUUUUAUUGAAAAAAGCUUACAAGGUGGCUUCAAAAAUUCGCAAAAGUCAUAAUCUUUUUACACACGAAGUUAAAUCCGGUUUAAGAUCUCUAUCAGACAAGCAGACCUCACUUUUAGAACUGAUAAGCAGUCAUUCUGAUGAUAAUGUGUACUAUUUAGUCUGUAAGCCAGUUCAUAAUACGUUUGAUUCAUUGAAAGUGAAAAAAGUAAUAAUUGUGGCGAACGAUAUUUCUACAAAAACGUUAAACAUGAAAUACGUUAUUGUACAUUUUCCAGUGACUGUCUUGUGGUCUCCUGCACUUAACUAUGUGUUGGCUCUAGUAGGCAAUAAAAUUAAUUUGGUGGAAAAUGUAAAUUUUGAUAAAAGAGUGAACAGAAUCUCAUCCAUUAAUGUUAAUAAUUUUGCAAUUAACAAUCUUGGUAAAAAAAUGGUUCGUACAUUACAAUCCAAUGGGAACAAUUCUGUUUUUGAUCUAGCAAUUGGCCAAUUGCUGAUGCCAGAGCUUGCUUUGAAUUUAAUAGUUAUUCAUUUAUUCUACAUUGAACAAGAUUCUUACAUCCUAGGUUUAGAUGCAGAGGAACAGUUUUGUCUCCUGUGCUUUUCUGGUCAGGAUUCGGAGAAAAUUAAAUCCAAAAAGAGCCUGUACGAUGGCAGUACUAUCGUUACAAAAGGAUUUUGCUUUAUUGGUGCUUCUGUGGAUAAUAUGAUUAGGUCUCUUUUAGAAUUUGCAACGGGAAGAGAAGUGAAAACAGACCAGUUUUUCAUAUUAGCCCCAGCUGUUGAAAACUGGGAGGUCAAGUCGACAACCAGGCCUUUGGUCAAGUGGAAAUCUACCACACAAAUUGAGACUGUUGUUAAAGAAAAUAACCCAGAAAAAAGGUACAAAAUCAUUGUUCCAUCUGUUAUAUAUAAUGAGGGUGAAUUCUUCAUCUGUGAUAACUCUUAUGGUACAAAAUACAGGGUAAAACAUUUAAAAAAAGAGGAACCAUUUGUUCAAACAAAUGUCAGAGUUUUGGAUGGAGUGUUUUAUAGAAAUGGAACUUUCCUUGUUGAUCAAUUUACUAAAGUGAUUUACUUAUGACUGUAUAUUCAGUCAUACUGUUAUUAUAUGUGACUUAAUAAAUGGAGUUGAAUAAAUCAAUAAAAUUUUAUAUUUUUUA